AUGUCCAGCCGAGCUUCCCGACUCAGCGCGGGUGCUUUCAGCUCCCGCUCGGCCGCGUUGUCCCGGGCGCAAAGCUGCAUCAGCGCCGUGGCCUACCGCGCCCGGGGGGUCCCGAUCCCGGGUCCGGGUUCCGGCGGCCGGCGGCUGGGGGUGGGGGGCUUCGGCAGCCGCAGCCUGGGCGGCCCCGCCUCGUCCCGCAUCGCCGGCGGCUGCGGGCGGUCCUUGGGCGGAGGGCCCGGCUUCGGCUACCGCUCCGGAGGCGUGUGCGGGCCCAGCCCGCCCUGUAUCACCGCAGUAACGGUCAACGAGAGCCUGCUGACCCCGCUCAACCUGGAGAUCGACGCCAACGCCCAAGGCGUGAAGCACGAGGAGAAAGAGCAGAUCAAGUGUCUCAACAACAAGUUCGCCUCCUUCAUCGAUAAGGUGCGGUUCCUAGAGCAGCAGAACAAGCUACUGGAGACCAAGUGGCAGUUCUACCAGAACCGCAAAUGCUGUGAGAGCAACCUGGAGCCGCUGUUCGAUGGCUACAUCGGGACACUGAAGCGCGAGCUGGAGUGCGUGGAGGCUGACCGUGGUCGGCUCGAGUCUGAGCUGAGCCACAUGCAAGAGGUUUUGGAGGGCUUCAAGCAGAGGUUUGAGGAGGAGGUGGCACUGCGUGCAACGGCAGAGAAUGAGUUUGUGGUGCUGAAGAAGGAUGUGGACUGCGCCUACUUACGCAAGGCGGAUUUGGAGGCCAACGUGGAGGUCCUGAUGGAGGAGAUCAAUUUCCUGCAGGCACUGUUUGAGGAGGAGACCCUCCUACUGCAGUCCCAGAUCUCAGACACCUCAGUCGUCGUCAAGAUGGACAACAGCCGCAACUUGAACAUGGAUUGCAUUGUGGCUGAGAUCAAGGCACAGUACGAUGACAUCGCCAGCCGUAGCCGGGCUGAGGCCGAGUCCUGGUAUCACAGCAAGUGUGAGGAAAUGAAGGCCAUGGUGACCAAGCAGGGUGAAAACCUGCGCAGCACCAAGGACGAGAUCAACGAACUGAACAGGCUGAUCCAGAGGCUGACGGCAGAGAUCGAAAACACGAAGCUGCAGCGUUCCAAGCUCGAGGCGGCCAUGGCAGAGGCGGAGCAGCAGGGUGAGGUGGCUAUCAGUGAUGCCAAGGCCAAGCUGGCUGGGCUGGAGGCCGCCCUGCAGAAGGCCAAGCAGGACAUGGCUUGCCAGCUGCGUGAGUACCAGGAGCUGCUGAAUAUCAAGCUGGCGCUGGACAUCGAGAUAGCCACCUACAGGAGGUUACUGGAGGGCGAGGAGAGCCGAUUGUGUGAUGGUGUCAGCUCGGUGAACAUCUGUGUGAGCCAGUCUGGGGGCAGUGUGGCUUGUGGGGACCUCAGCUCCUCCAUUUCCCGGGGGACCACCAUUAGCUCCGGCACCUCCUGCCCCAUCUCCAGGGGGGUCAGCUGCUCCAGUGCCCGGUCGGUCAGGUUUGCAAGCAACGCCAAAAAUUUCAAAAGUUGUCGCCCACCCGUUCUCCUCCGGUCUCCCCCAAAACGGCCAGCUCGAAAUCAGGCCCGGAUAGGGCAGCGCAUUCCAACCGUCUUCCCCGAAAAGGCGGAACGGGCGGGCGACGGGUGGAACGGGCGGGGAACGCUCGGAACGGUUUCGGCUGCGUUCCACGACGUUUCUAUUCCAGAACGAGCCCGGCGGGCUUCUGGGCCCCGGGAGCCCCAGCGCGGGGAGCUCAGCCAGAACGAGACAAAGUCAGCAGCAGGCGGGCAGUCGGAGAAGCGAAGGGAGAAGCUGGAACGGGCGAACGCCAUCUCCCCUUCCAGGAGGGGCUCCCUGAGCGAGGAGUGA